AUGAACCGCAUCUUUGGCUCCAAGCCCUCGGGCCCCAAGCCCACUCUCGGCGGCGCCAUCGCCAACAUUGACACGCGCAUCGCCUCCAUCGACACCAAGCUCAAGGCCCUCAACGGCGAGCUCUCCGCCUACCAGGAAAAGCUGUCCAGGAUGCGCGAUGGCCCCGGAAAGCAGGCCAUCAAGCAGAAAGCCCUAAAGGUGCUGCAACGUCGCAAGGCGUACGAGGCCGAAAAGGACAAGCUCGAGGGUCAGGUCUGGAACAUGGAGCAGGCCUCCAGCAUGCAAGACAACCUCAAGAAUGUCAUGACCCAAGUAGACGCCAUGAAGACGACCAACAAGGAGCUGCGCAGGCAGUACGGCAAGAUCGACAUUGACAAGAUUGAGCGACUUCAGGAUGACAUGGCUGAUCUCAUGGAUGUGGGUAACGAGAUUCAAGACAGUCUGGCGCGUAGUUAUGACAUACCCGAUGAGGUGGAUGAGUCGGAGCUGGACGCCGAGCUGGAGGCCCUCGGGAUGGAGCAGGAACUGGAACUGGAGAUGGGCGGCGCCGUCCCAGGCUUCCUCCAGGACGAGGUAGUGCCCGAGUUUGUCGACGAGCCACCACAGACGGAGGACAAGGUGAAGCAGGUGGCAGGCUAA